GCAAAUCAAUCAUAUUUUCAAAAAUUUUUUUUCGUUGUUUUUUUUCGUUUUCGCUUUCGAUAAAAUCAAAUGUCUUUGUCAAAAAAUAUUUUGAUUGAUCAUCAAGACAGUGCUAUUUUGUCAAGUAAAAUUGCAUCUUAUUCUGAUCCAAAAAUGUCAACAGCAAUGCAAAAAUUGACCAACGAAAUGCAUGCGAUCGGUCUUAAACAACAACAUCAUGAUGAACAGCAACAACAAUCUUCAUCCGGUGUACGAAGUAAUCCUGGUGGAUCAACAACGGUAACGAAAAAACGUCGUUCACGACAACCAAAUCGUUCACGUUCACGAUCGACUAGCCUAAGUAAUCAAGCUACUGGUAUUGAUAAUGGUAAUCAUCAACAACAACUUUCUCAACAACGUCCUCAACAACAACAACGACAACAACGUGAUCGAAGUAAUUCGCUUGUUGGACAGAAAAAUGUUCGAUUUUCAUUAAGUAAUCCAAAUUUGUCGCAACAACAUCACCAACAACAACAAUCAUUAUCGAAUUCAGUAAAUCAUUCAAUUCAACGAUUAUUUACAAAUUCCAAUUUUAAUAAUCGAAAUCGACAUCGUUCGAAUAGUGAUCCGGAUUUGAUAUCACCAUUCAAUUAUUUUGUUGCACAACAAUCACGUUUAUAUCAUAAUCAACAUCAACAGCAACAUCGAGGUACAAUGAUGAAUUCAAAACCUGGCAUGUCAAAAGAUUUUGUUUCACGUGAAAUAAUGGAUUAUUAUCAACGUAAUCGUCAAUCAAAUGAUAAAUAUAAAGCUAAACAAAUUUUACGUGAAAGUUUGGAAAAUACUUUGAAACAAUGUUUUCCUAAUUAUUUCAUCAAUUUGCAUAUAAUUGGUUCGAGUACUAACGGAAUUGGUGAUAAUGCUUCAACAGUUGAUAUAUGUGUUAUGGCUCAUAAAAAAUCGAUGCUAGCUCAACCAUCAUCCGAACCACAAGUAUCUUCAGUGAGUGGUGAUGAAGAUAAAGGUGAAGAUAAAAAAGACAAAACCGACGAGAAAGAAAAAGAAAAAUCAACUGAAGAAAAAGUUGAUGCGGUUGAUGAAGAGGAAAAAGUUGUUAAAGCUGUUGCUGAUUCAAAUACCGAUGGUGAUGUUGUUGCAAAUGAAAAUGAAAAAGAAAAAGAUAAUGUCAAUGUGAUGGCCAAUGAAGAUUUGGAAUUGAAACAUAUUGAAAAAAUUCUACAGAAUAAAAAUUUUGCAAAAAAUAUUGUAUUGAUUCCGGCACGUGUACCGAUCAUAAAAUUUCAAGAUAUUAUUUGCAAUAUGAAUGUAACAUUGAAUCUUAAUCAAGAAGUAUCUAUACGUAAUACACAAUUGAUACGUGAUUAUUCAAAAAUGGAUUGGCGUUUUCCACAAUUGGCUAUGAUCAUCAAAGAAUGGGCACGUGAAAAUCGUAUCAACAGUGCUGUUGAAAAAAGUAUUUCACCAUAUAGUUGGACAUUGUUGGUUAUUCAUUAUCUACAAGCAAUUGAACCACCGGUAUUGCCUUGUUUACAAAAAAUGUCACCACAACGUUAUAAUAUUGAUAUUAAUAUUGAUGAAGAACGUAAUAUUUGGCGACAACCACCAAUCAAAUGGCAAUCUAAAAAUAAUAAUUCAUUAAAACAAUUAAUGAAAGGUUUUUUCCGUUAUUUUGGCUAUGUUUUUCGUUAUGAUCAACAUAUUAUAUCGAUUCGUGAAGGUAAAGUAUUGAAUCGUAUUUAUCAUCGAUCAUCAUCGUCAUCAACAACAACAUCGAGUGGUGGUGGUGGCGGUAAUGAAGGUGAUAAUCUGGCAAUACAAUGGAAUUCAUUAAUGUGCGUAGAAGAACCAUUCAAUCGAUCAAAUACAACACGUUGUGUAAAAGAUUAUUCAACAUUUGAACGUAUAAAAGAAUUGCUACGAAUGUCAUCAAAUGCAUUGAAAGGUAAUCGUAUUUCAUUAUUCAACAUUAUUGUCGAUGACUUGGAUUUUCCAAUCAAAUAUUAGUUAUAACAUAGUUUUCUUUGAAAAUAAUUCAUUCAUUCAUUCUUUCAUUCGUC